UUCAAGAAAUGAGGACAAAGGUACUGACGAAAUGUUACAGACCAUGUAAUGCAAAAGUUGAUGUCCUGACUGAACAAAUAGUAAUAAAGCCAGUGUCCCCAUGUAUUUAUAUACUGAUCCAGAUGCAGGAUGAUUUUCUUGUGCUUUACUUUUGCCUCACAAAACCAUGAAGUUCACAGUUUCUGAACUUCACUCAGGAAAAAUCCCACCACAGAGCAACACCAGCAGCACCAAGAAGGUGCUGGUGCUUGCCUCGACGACUGUUCUUCUCGCUGCAAUCCCCCUUUAUUUGUUCAUCACCGGCACGCAUCUUGGUGCCCCGUCAUUUCAGGAGCUGGAGAUUGGCAAUGGCAUUUCGAAAGGAAUAGAGCUAGUGGACAGGAGGAGGUGUGAUGUAUUUAAAGGGCAAUGGGUUCAUCACCCGAAUGCCGCGUACUACACCAACGUGACUUGCCCUCUGAUCAUCGAUCAGCACAACUGCCUGAAGUUUGGGAGACCCAACACCGAGUUCCUGAAGUGGUGGUGGAAGCCCGAGUGCGAGCUGCCCCAGUUCCACGCGGGCCGGUUCUUGGAGAUGGCUCGAGGGAAAUCGCUCGCAUUCGUGGGGGAUUCAGUAGGGAGGAAUCAAAUGCAGUCGCUGCUGUGCCUCCUGGCCAAAGUGGAAGUUCCUGAGGAAAUAUCUCACAGAUACUCAAUAGACACAACAUACUUCAAGAGGUGGUACUUCUCAGUUCACAAGUUCACGCUAGCCACCUUCUGGGCUCCAUUCCUGGUGAAGUCCAGAGAUGCAGAGCCAGAUGGUCACUCCUUCAACAACAUCAUGAGCCUCUACUUGGACGAGCCCGAUCUGUCUUGGGCUUCCGAGAUCACAGACUUCGACUCCGUUGUCAUCUCGGCAGGCCAGUGGUUCUUCCGGCCUCUGAUGUACUAUGAAAAGCGCGAGGUCAUCGGUUGCGGCUCUUGCGAGGUGAACAACGUCACCGACCUCACCAGAUUCUACGGUUACCGGAUGGCCUUUCGAGCUGCCUUUAGAGAACUCCUGAAUCGAAAGGCCUAUAAGGGCAUGACAUUUUUGAGGACGUUCUCUCCUGCGCACUUUGAGAACGGCAGGUGGAACACCGGAGGGAGCUGCGCAAGGACGAGGCCGUUUGCAAGUGGAGAGGCCAAGCUCGAGGGGGAAGAUCUGGAGUUCUACUUGACCCAAGUGGAGGAGUUCAGGGCGGCCCAGAGGGAGGGAAUCAAGAGGGCCUGACGUUUAGGUUGCUGGACACCACCGAGGCGAUGAUCCAGAGACCCGACGGGCACCCCAACCGUUUUGGGCAUUUGGCGCUGAGGAACGAGACGAUGGCCGAUUGCGUGCACUGGUGCAUGCCGGGUCCUAUCGACUUGUGGAACGAGUUCUUGUUUCACAUUAUGUGGUCGGAGAGUCAAGGAUCUCUUCAUGGGCAGACGCAGAAGAGUGCGCGACGAGCGAAAACCGCAGAUUGGUCAUUCUAGACGUAGCAGAAUUUAUCCAAACCUAUUGUUCUGCAUUCAUCUUAUUUGAAUUAAACAGUUUGGUUCAUGGAAAAGCCAUUGCUUGAAAUAGAACAAACCGCACGGUCUGUCGUGUGAUACUUGACGAGGAGCCUCGGUACGUGCAUUUGACUGAAUCAA